AUGUUUUCGGUCUUCACAUCCGUUCCAGACACAUCAUUCUACCCUGCCGGAGCUGACGAGCGAAUUGACCACUGGACUUUUCGCCAUGUAACAUUCUAUGCGCUCCCACUCCAGUCGCAUGGUCAAUUAAACAUCUGGCUCAUGGUAAUAGCCCAAUCCAAUGUUACAAACGGUGCCUGGAGAUACCUUUGGCUCGAUCCGGUUACCGACGAUCACGACGGCAGAAUCACCGGCAUACGUGUUGAACUCACGGAUGGGGCCCCGCCUUCAGGUGUCGUAGCGGAGUUCAAGGUCGAAGAGAGCGUAUUUGAGACUCAAGACAAAGGCGAAACGCACCCCCGCCCGGUACACUACUUCCACUACGAGCUCAUGGCUCAUCUACGUGAUGGGUUUACCCAAGCGAUGCUAUUGCCUCACACUACUGGCAAUGAGUUCCAGUUCUACUUGAACUACAUGUACUUCUUGGUUCGAGCUGGGGUGAUUAAUGAGGCUGACGAAAUUAGGUUACACGAUGUGUUGAGAACUCAAUGGGUGUAUUAUAAUACCACUCUAACUCAGUCGGGUCAGGUAUGGCAAUAA